AUGGCUCAGUUGCUUCCUCUCCUUCCUCUUCUCCUUUCUUUCGCCUGGUCCGCCUCUGCGCAAUUCAGCAAUGGCACAACUCUCUCGUUCACUCUGCCGUCCGGAUACAGCACCGCGAGCUUCAACGCCUCCGCCCAGCCCACAGCCUUUACGCGCACCGAUUUCUCCGAAAAUGCGCUCAAUGAGCUUUGGAACAUGGUAGGGCCCGUGGCUACAGGCCCUGUCACUACAACCGUGUCGCCCACUCCCGAGCCCACGGCAUACGCGCAACCAGACAAAAAUCGCUUCCAUGCCCUCGUCGCCUCCACAAAUCCUGAAGUCCGCGACUUGAAGCUUCCCAAGGGAUUCAAGUGGGGAGUGAGCAGUAGUUCCUAUCAGAUUGAGGGCGCUGCCAAAGAUGAGGGCAAGGGCCCUAGCAUCUGGGACUUACUCGCGCAUAGGGUGCCAAAUCAGAUCAUGGAUAAUUCGACGGGAGAUGUGGUUGCUAGCCAUUACUAUUUGUAUAAGCAGGAUUUCGCGAGGUUGAAGAAUUUGGGCAUGCCGGCAUUCAGCCCCAGCUUCUCAUGGCCACGCUUCUUUCCAUUCGGCCACGGUCCAGUCAACGAAGCCGCAGUGAAGCACUAUGACGACGUCAUCUCUGAGCUGCAUGCGAACGGAAUCCGUCCGGAGGUGACACUCUUCCAUUGUGCCACGCCGCUAGCAUUGUUCGCCGAAUACGGAGGCUGGACGGACCGCCGCAUCGUGGAUGACUACUUCGACUAUGCCAAAUUUGUCAUCUCCAGAUAUGAUGAGUACGUGGACGGAUGGUUCACGAUCAACGAACCCCAGUACUGCAACUGGCAGUACUCGUACUAUCCCGCUGGCAAGUACUAUCCAGCACCAAACGGCGUUACUGGAGGCGUCGAGGCGAGGUUCUUGUGCGGUCAUUAUACGCUUCUUGCACACGCGAAGGUUGCCAAAUGGUACCAUGAGGAGUUCAAUGGGCGCCACCGCAUCACGUUCAAGAACUCCGGUAACUACUACGAGGCCAAUAGCACGAAGGCUGAGGACGAAGUGGCUGCCCAGCGAAACUUCGACUUCUCCAUAGGAUGGUUUGGCGGCCCUUGGACGGACGGCGACUACCCGCAGAGCUUGAAGGAUACGCUAGGAGACAUGCUUCCGGAGUUCACGCAAGAUGAGAAGGACAUGAUCAAAGGGUCGUGCGACUUCUACGCUAUUGAUGCAUACUCUUCCUUCAUGGCCUUCGAAGUCGAUGGCGGUCUUGAGGCCUGCGUCUCCAACCGCUCUGCGCCUGGAUACCCGGAUUGCGCGGGCUCCAGCUCUGUUUCUCCUAUUGGCUUCCCACUCGGGCCAGCGGCAGAUCCAACCAUGAGCUGGCUGUACAGCGCGCCAUCUGGCAUCCGCAAAUACCUCAAGAAGAUCACAACUGAGCUCUUCCCCUCGAUUCCGGACAUCAUCGUGAGCGAAUUCGGCUUCUCCGAGCCGUUCGAGGGCCAGUGGACGUCGCUGGCUCCCGCUCUCUGGGAUCUGCGCCGCUCCGAUUACUUCCAGAACUACCUGGAUCAGAUUCUGCUGAGUAUCCAUGAGGACAAGGUGAACGUGACGGGUGCUUGGGGAUGGGCGAUCUUCGACAACUUUGAGUGGGCCCAGGGCAGCCAGGUCAGGUUUGGUCUGCAGUAUUACACGCGCGCCUUGUUUGAGUUAAUUCAUCGCUGGAGCCUUGCUGUUCGUCGUGUCUUUUGCCGCGUCGUUCGUGCCGCGCGAUCGCCCAGAAUCCGCGGCCAUCUGUCAGCCAGGACUGCUAGGCACGGUCCGCGAGCUGUCUGUCCAGCGACGACACCACCACGCAUCUCUCCCUCCCCAUCCACCGCCGCCCACCCAGCCAUUCCGCACAAUCCUCCAGCUUCUCUUGCCCCAGUUUCCUCUGCCCCAGCCCCAACCCCCGUCUCCGAGCCCGCAGCUGCCUCUCUCCUCCAGCCAGCCGCCGCCGCCGCCACCACCACCACCACCACCACCACCGCGCCCUUCGCAGCCUCAGCGACCACAGGAAAGCGCAGGCACAGCGUCUCUGAAAGCGAAUCCCUUUCAGAGAGCCCCCCAGCACACCUCAACCGAGGCCGGUCCUCCCGCCACAUCUCAAAGCGAAGGCGCAGACACGACGGGACGAUGCGCCUUGACAGCGAUGCUUCAAAACGGUCCCAGUCGCCUACGCAGAGCUUCACGAAUGGCUCAUCACGAUCGCCGGGUCCCCGCGCGUCCCUGGCCAAGAUCGCGAACGGAGAUUCGCGCAAGGCCGAGAGCAACGGCUCGUAUGCGAACGGAGGCUCGAUAGCCAACGGGACGCCCGUGCCGUCGGCCUUCUUCGGCCACGACAGGGAAGAGGUCACUCGCAUCCUCAUACAGAGCUUGACGGACCUGGGAUACACCGACGCUGCUGGAGCGUUGGUUAGGGAAAGCGGCUAUACAUUGGAAGGCCCGACUGUGGCGGCGUUCCGCAGCGCUGUGCUCAACGGCGACUGGGCCGAGGCCGAAGAGCUAUUAUUUGGCACAAAUUCUUAUGACAGCGGCGGGGGCAUUGAUCUGGGGGGAGCAGGAAGCUAUGGAAAGAGCUGGCCCAAGCCAAGAUCAGCCCCAGCUCCACAGCAUUCUGGGGGCCUGCCGCUUGCCGAGGGCGCGAAUCGGGACGAAAUGCUCUUUUGGCUGAAGCAGCAGAAAUAUCUCGAGCUACUUGAGAGGAGAGAUCUCGGCAAAGCUCUGAUGGUGCUGCGGCAAGAGCUGACGCCCCUCCACCAGGACACGGGCAGACUGCACGCUCUGUCAAGUCUUAUCAUGUGCCAGUCCGCUGAAGACCUGAAGUUCCAAGCACAAUGGGACGGCGCUGAGGGCGAAUCACGGACGCUUUUGCUCUCGGAACUUUCCAAAUCCAUUUCACCUAGCGUUAUGAUCCCGGAACACCGAUUAGCCGCCCUCUUAGAUGAGGUCAAGGACAGCUGGAUCGCGAACUGCCUUUACCACAAUACUGCCGCUUCUCCUUCGCUCUACGUCGACCAUAAUUGCGACCGAGACGAAUUCCCCAUGAAGCCUGUUCUGGAACUCCGAGAGCACAAGGACGAGGUGUGGUACCUGAAGUACUCAAAUGAUGGCACCAUGCUAGCAUCGACAAGCAAGGACAAGACGGUCGUCAUCUACGAGACGACGACGUACAAACCCCUCCAUCAUCUCGAUGACCACGACUCUGGUGUGACGCAUCUCGCUUGGAGCCCCGACGACACCAAGAUUAUCACAUGCUGUGCGCAACAGGAAAAUUCCGCCCGGAUAUGGGAUGUCAAGACUGGUGUAUGCAUCAGGUGUAUUAGUGAUUUCACCUAUCCAUGCACGACAGCCGCUUGGGCACCGUCCGGCAAGCACGUCAUCAUCGGCUCGCAAGACACAAGAUUUGGCUGCUGUGUAUGGGACCUUGACGGCCGAGAGGUGCACACCUUCCGAGAGGAAAAUCUUCGGGUUAACGACCUCGCGGUAUCCCCAGACGGCCAGCGCCUCGUCGUACUUCUAGAAAGCCGUAUCCUUGUGUACGACUUCACCUCGUAUGAGAAGCUUUGCGAAUGGCAGCUCGACGAUGUCAAGCUCACGAGCGUGACCAUCAGCCAAGAUUCGCGGCAUAUGCUCAUCAGCAUGAACAAGGACAAGAUCAAGCUUAUGGAGAUCGAUACUGGAGAGAUUAUUCAGAGGUUCGAGGGGCAGGUCCAGAAGCAGUACAUCAUCCGCUCGUCGUUUGGUGGAGCCGAUGAGAAUUUCGUUGUUAGCGGCAGUGAAGAUUCCCGGAUAUAUAUCUGGAGGAGUAACGGUCUCCUGGUCGAAGCCCUGGAUGCUCACCCCGGCUGCGUCAACUCCGUUUCAUGGCAUCCGAAGGACCCGCGUGUCUUCGCGUCCGCAGGCGACGACGCCAAAGUCAGGAUCUGGAAGCCGGCGUGUGCUGCCCCGAUGAUAGCAGGCAGCUCGAAUGGGUACUCACGGUAA